AGGACGGUGGAGGAACUCCUUCAUGUUACAGGAAGAGACUGACCACAGACCUGUGCUUUUAUCUGAGACCAUGCUGCCAAACAUGAAGUUCAUUUGGUCCAUUUGGAGUUCUGUCUGAACGCUUCCUCUUUUUGUUCAAGUGAGAACAAAGUGAAAACAUUUGGAGUCUGAAGCCCGUCCUCAGAGGAGAGGUUCUGACCGAUCUGGGGGUGCUGAUGCUUUUGGACAUGAAGAGAUGCAGCUACAUUAAGGAGAAACUUCUGCCUCCUCCUCACCUGUUCACGCCCUGACUACUGCCAGCACCGCGUACCCUGGUGAUGACGUCCCUCUAAAAACGUCAUUUCCGGUCUUGUCAGAGGCGCGGCAGCUUGGGGCGUCGGUGGACAGCAGGACGAGCUGCUGCGCUCGGAGGCUCUCCACAGACCUUAGAAUGCGCCCGUAAGCAUCGACCUGACUGGGAAGGAGCGGGACGCUGUGAUCACCGUGUUUGCAGCAUGCCGGGGAGGGGGCUGAUGCUGCGGAUGCUGCGGGUGCUGCUGAUGCUGUCCGGCUGCGCUGUGGCGCUGCCGCGGCCUUUGAGCCAGCUGCACACCGAGGACGUGGAGCUGAUGCGGUGCAUCGUGGAGGCGUUGGCAGACGUGCUCUCCGAGCCGCGCGCACUCCCCGUCAGUCAGGAGUGUUUGGUCAGACUGAAGACAGACGGCAGGCUCGCUGUCAUCCUUCGUCAUCACAACUUUCUGAAGGAGCUGCAGCAGAUCGCUGCUGAGGGUGGGCACGUUGAUGCAUUAACUGCCACCACACAAGUCCUCCACCUUCCAGAUGAAUCUACAGAUCAAUCCAUGCUGAAGGCUUUGGGAGGCCCUGGAGAAAUGUCCAUGCUGACCCAGAGGAAGAGGGCCAGAAAAGGAGAUGGAGAGGAGAAGGAAGAGGAGAAAGAGUUACAGGAGGGUGAAGGAAAGAUGACAGUGACAGCAGACCGAGGUGACUGGUCUGAUGAAGAGAAAGAUGCUUCCACAACCAACUCAAGUCUAAGCUGGUCUGAUGGAGAAGCCCCAAACAAAAGGCCUGAGCUCUUCUCACAAACCCACAGCAGCAACAAGGGAGGGGAGGGAAUGAAAAAAGAAUUGAGAGAGAGUCUGGGGCGGUGGACCAACGGGGCCAGGUCUCUGAAUCUCAACAAGAAAGAGGACCUGCAGCAGACGGAAGUGACCCACCAUUCAAGAGAGGAAGAGGAAGUGAGGAGAGACGCUCAGAGGGGUCCUGACGGGGGGCUUCCACUUGUCCAUGGAGCUCCAGAGAAGAAGGGGGUGCUGGAUGAGGAGGGGAGUGCCAGUAGAAAGUCUGAGGAGAUCGAAAGCUUGGCAGCCAUCGAGUCUGAGCUGGAAGACGUUGCCCAGAAGCUUCAUGAGCUGCGGCGGGGCUGAACAGAGGACGGCGGUCUGGAGUCUCCUGGCCUGGAUUUUCAUCUUUUAAGCACCACUCUGCUUUGCUUUUGUCCUUCAUGUAGACUAGCAGAUACAUUCUCACUAACAAACUGAUAUUCUUGUCCUUUCUUAAUGGUGUUUCUGCUCCGGAGACUGCUUGGUUUUAGCUUCUAAAUGAUGAUUCUAGUUAGAAAUGAAGGCUAAUCUAGACGACUUCCCAGCAUCCAGAUGAGUGACAUUGAUACUUUGGAUUUUUCAUGUAAACAUAAUGUUCACCUGCAAUGAAGAACACACUAGACUUUAGUCAAACCAAGGCAAUAAGUGACCAUCUUUGCAGAUAACUGACUCGCUUGUGUCUAUAACAAAGUUUCUGUAAUUAAAGAAAGAGAAUCAAACCUGGAA